GGGCCCGGUCAGUCAGUGGGUCGCGCGGCGGGCGGCAGCGGCACGCGAGGAGCGCGCAGGCAGCCGGCGAGCCGGGAGGGCGCCGCCGCCUGCCGCGCCGGGCAGCAUGGAGGCGGCGGAUGAGGAGAAGGCGGGCAACGGCCGCAACGGCCGCGCCGAGGGGCCGGCGGCGGCGGAGCAGCGGGGCGGCGGGGGUCGGCUGCGGGGCUGCUGGGGCUUCCUGCGGCGCAACGCGCUGGUGGUGCUGACGGUGUCGGGGGUGGUGGCCGGCGUGGCGCUGGGCGCCGCCGUGCGCGGUGCGGCGCUGAGCCCGGCGCAGGUGGCCUACCUGGCCUUCCCGGGGGAGCUGCUGCUGCGGAUGCUGAAGAUGGUGAUCCUGCCGCUGGUGGUCUGCAGCCUGGUGUCGGGAGCCGCCAGCCUGGACACCCGCUCGCUCGGCCGCCUGGGAGGCAUCGCCCUCGGCUACUUCCUAGGCACCACGCUGCUGGCCUCCGGCCUCGCCGUCGCCCUCGGCUUCAUCGUCCGCCCCGGCGCCGGCGCCUCCGCCCUCAACGCUCCCGGCCUGGGGCUGCCGGGCGGCGUGCCCACCAGCAAGGAGACGGUGGACUCCUUCCUCGACCUCGUCAGAAACCUGUUUCCUGCAAAUCUUGUUGCUGCAGCUUUCCGAACGUAUGCGACAGAAUACAAGAUGCUGCUCAGAAACACUACCUCUGGAAAUGUCACAUGGGAGAAGAUCCCUGUUGGUACUGAGAUUGAAGGGAUGAAUAUCCUGGGACUGGUGCUGUUCGCUCUGGUUUUAGGAGUGGCGUUGAAAAAGCUCGGUCAGGAAGGGGAAGAUCUGAUUCGCUUCUUUAAUUCAUUCAAUGAGGCAACUAUGGUCUUGGUUUCCUGGAUUAUGUGGUAUGUACCUAUUGGCAUUAUGUUCCUUGUUGGGAGCAAGAUUGUGGAAAUGGAAGAUAUUGUCCUUCUGGUGACCAGUCUGGGAAAAUACAUCUUCGCCUCUAUCCUGGGCCACUUCAUCCAUGGAGGAAUCAUUCUGCCACUUAUUUAUUUUGCAUCCACACGCCAAAAUCCGUACCGUUUUCUCUUAGGACUUAUCACACCACUUGCCACUGCUUUUGCCACUUGCUCCAGCUCAGCCACUCUCCCAUCGAUGAUCAAGUGUAUUGAGGAGAACAAUGGAGUCGACAAGAGGAUCAGCAGGUUUAUCCUUCCUAUCGGGGCGACUGUAAACAUGGAUGGAGCUGCUAUUUUUCAGUGCAUGGCAGCUGUGUUUAUCGCUCAACUGAACAAUGUUGACCUCAACCCUGGACAAAUCUUCACAAUUCUUGUGACAGCUACCGCAUCCAGUGUGGGUGCAGCUGGGGUCCCAGCCGGAGGAGUCCUCACCAUCGCUAUCAUCUUGGAGGCCAUUGGACUUCCAACCAACGAUCUGUCCUUGAUAUUAGCGGUGGACUGGAUUGUGGACCGAACCACCACAGUUGUGAAUGUGGAAGGGGAUGCCCUAGGAGCGGGCAUCCUUAAUUACCUGAAUGAAAAAGAAAAGAAAGACAAAGAGCAGGAGCUGAAGGAAGUCAAAGUAGAAGCAGUUGCUAACAGCAAGUCUGAAGGGGAAACAUCGCCUUUGGUAACCCACAAAAACCAAGUCUCCAACACAACCAGUACAGCAGACCCUGAAUCCAAGGAAUCAGUACUGUGAACUAGAGGCCAUUCAUCAACACACGUCCUAGAGGUGGACCGGGGACUUGUUAACGCACCUAGACGUUUACAGUGCUAACAAGGGCUGGAUGGCUCUUGAAAGUUUUCCGUUCCAGUCUGUUUUGAAAUACACUGGCCUGGGGCAGGGGAGGGAGGUGGGGUGGGCAGAGAAGGGUUGUUGAGAAAGAACACUCGCUUUAUAGUAGCAUUUUAAUAAUUCAUAUAUAUACAUGCUUAUGUGUUGCACGUGCACACACAUAUACAUGUAUGUGAAAACAAUGCCAUUGAGACUUCUGGUUUAACAGGACUUCUGUUAGUAAAGGUUCAUAUGGGUUGGAGAUGGGGAAGUAGACAAACCCAGUAUGUGCGUAUUGUAGGGAAAAAUUAGUAAGCUUAUUGUGCUGCUGUUCAAAUGGACAUGCAGUCUAGAAACUCCAGAGUGGGUGAAAAUGUUGCUUAAAUUUAGUUUCUGUCCUGGAAACACUUACCGACAAUUACAGACACGAUAUGAAGCAACAUUUUUCUCCCACUCCCCUUCCUCUCCUGUUCUCUGAUCCCUUACGUUAAAUGUAUCCUGAAAACUA